AUGAGCUCCAAUGAAAAUAACAGUGAAGUGGCAGUAGACAAGGUGGGCGAUGAGAAGUCUGGAGACGCUAAAAGUGACCUAAAAGGAGCCAAAAGGGCAGCGGAGGAAAAGACAACAGAAGCGAAAAAGGCGCGAAAGGAAGAAAAUGGCGGCGGCGGGGAAGACGAUGCUCACAGCGACGAAGAGGAUUUGGAGAGUUUUGAAGUCAUAGGCGAGGGUGAGGAAGACGACGACGAGGAGGUAGAGGGAGAGGAGGGCGAGGAAGACGAAGAAGAAUUUGAAGAAGGAGAGGACGAUCUCGAAGACGAGGACGUAGAAGAGGAAUUACUAGCCGACGAGGAAGAGGAUGACGCG